UCAAUAGUGAAGCAGCUGGUCCUAUCGCUGGCCAUUGCCAAGAGAAGGUUGGAGUUAAAACACAACGACAUCCAUCCUGGCAACCUUCUUGUCCAGGAGACCGACGCCCAGACGCUCAAAUACAAAAUGGAUGGGAAGAUCGUCAAAAUAACGUCUAACGGCUUGUUCGUGUCCAUAAUCGAUUUUUCGGAAUUUUUUAUUCAAAC